AUGUCUCUCGAAGACCAGGAAAGGUUCAAGUUUGGCGAGAUGAUGAUUGGAAUCUUUUGUGUUGUGGGAAUAUGUCUGGUCAAGAUAUCCGUCGGCUUCUUCCUCAGGCGCUUUCUUCAGACCCGGUUCCUGAAGCGCCUCGUGCUCGGAUUUAUCAUUUUCAUUUCGAUCUACCUGGUGUACUCCAUUCUUACCUUUGUUAUGAUGUGUACACCAACGAGAUCGUACUGGGAUAGCAAUGUGUCCGGUACUUGCUGGAGCGCCAGGACAUUGAGUAUCGUGGGGAACUUGAAUGCUGCUAUCAACAUUACCACCGAUUUCUUCACGUGGCUCUUACCCAUCUGGGUGAUCAUGAAGCUGCAGCUCAAGCGCAAGACAAAGAUGACCUUGAUGGUUAUCAUGAGCCUCGGUCUAUUUGCCGUCAUCGCAUCUGUGUUGCGUGUCUUCCUCGGCAGCGCCUGGGAGUGGUCUACUGAUCUGUACAUAUGGUUAAACGUCGAAGUCGACACCGCUAUUCUCGCCGCCUCAUUACCUUGCCUUCGCCCUAUCUUCCGACGUUUCCUCGGCUCUACCAACGAGCCAAGCUACCCACAAGGCCCAAGCCACUACGGAAACCGAACUGCCGGCACAAGGAGCGGCUACGCAAGGCAAGACGACAGCAUAGCUCUCACCUCCGUCUCGCACAAGGGCGACUCCUUCAAAACUUUUGCCAAGAAGGAGGAGACAUAUAACGCAAAGGUGACGAGCAACACAUCUACCGUCUCGCGCGGUGGCGUAGGGAGAGACAAUGAUAGUGAGGAGGCUAUCUUGUCGCCGCAUGGGAUCACCAAGACGCUGGAGACUACGGUUUUUGUGUCAAAUGUUUGA